AUAGAUACAUAAUGAUACAUUAUAAAUAUUUUACUAAAUCUGGUGUAAUAAUUAAAAAUUAACCGCGUAAUUGUUUACAAAAAUCAGAUCAACAUUUCUAAAUUUUCUAGAGAAAGACAAAAAAAAGAUAAUUUAAUUCCAUUAUAUGUGUACAUUACGCACUUGACACAUAUCUUUCAUUCAAUAAAUACAAAAGCUAAACUAGGCACAACAUAAAUAUACAUUUUUUAAGUAUUAAAAAUUAAAAUUUAUAUGAGAAAUAAUGAAUGUAGCAACAGGUUUAAUUAAUUUCGCUAUCUAAUUUUUGUAGUGAAUCUUUUGUGAAAUAAUGUUUAUACAAAAUUUCGCGUUUCUGUGUUGCGGGCUUUUACUCCUCAUCAUUUCGGCAUCGAAAGCUCAGCAAAAUUACACCAACAACAAAGAUAAAAAUCAUCAUUCGACAAUACGAUACGAGAAAUAUGCGGAUUCUACAACAACUUAUAGCAACGAGAUAAAACCACUGCGAUAUGAUUUGUAUAAAAGGUUUACCAACAAUGCGCAACAUAACGAAAUGAAAUAUGAAUUUAGCACUAUUUCCACAAAUAUCGAUCGAGAGGGUGUUGAUUCAAAACUAUCUAAACUAAGAAGGCGUUCUGCUCACAACCAUGAAAAUGAUGACAAACUGAUGUACUCUCACAUCAAUUCAACAAAUGUCGAUCAUGAAGAAAACUCUACGUCACUGGAGGUUUAUGACAACUUGCUUGAAAAGAAUAAUUCCAUGUCGAAUACAAUCUUUGAAAAUUCCAAUAAGGGUAUUAAUGAAAGCAACAUCGUCUCAUUCCAAAUGUGUCAUAAUAACACUUGCAUUCAGCUCUGCUGUCCUCUUGGCAAUGUCAUGAGACGGAAUGACUUCAAAUGUAUUCCAAAAGAAAUGAAAUAUGUUUUUCCAAAUGUGUACGAAUACACGAACGAUUCAACACAGAACGAUAGUAAGCGAGUGGACGAAUUAUUUCAGUUUGCCAUCUACGAUCCGUGCUUAGAUAAGCAUUCCGUAGUACCCGACGGUCAUCAGUACGAUUAUAAGGUUUUUGCCAAUGGUUCUAUUUAUAUCCCUUAUUAUGCAACAUUAAUUGAUUCGACAUAUUCGACAUCAUAUUGCCUCACCAUCUUUUUGGAAAGGGGGAAUAAGUUUGAAGUGACUUACUGUUUAGACCUAAUUAAGGAUUUUUACAGAAACGCUUUGAACUACUCACCUGAGUUUCGCUGGAUAAAUCGUAUAAUAACUAUUUAUUCCAUCUUGAAUAUAGCGUGUCUAUUAUUUUUGGUGGUAGUAAUUCUAGUGUAUUCCAUAUUGCCAGAACUCCGAAAUGAACACGGCUUCAUGUUGCGCAAUUACUGUGCAUGUUUAUUCAUCGCAUUCGUGAUUGAUAUAGUGAGAGUUUUACAUUUGAAAGAGAAUCUGUCAUAUCCCGUCUGUAUUACAAUUGGCUUUUUGACAUAUUUUUGGUUUAUGUCGUGUUACUUCUGGCUAAGUAUCAUGAGCUUUAAUAUGUGGCGGACAUUCAGAGAAUUCUCUUCGUUACAAAGAAACGUCAAAGGAAUUAAACAAUCAAGAAACAAAAGGUUGGUGUAUUAUGCUAUUUUUGCGUAUGGAUGUUCAUUUGUACUUGCAAUUGUUUGUGUCAUCGUUGCGGAUUAUGUUGCCGAGUAUUUACCAAAAAAUUUGAGACCAGAAUUCGUAAGAGGAUCUUGCUGGUACUCUAGUCAACAUGUCGAACCGUUUAUAUUGUAUUAUUACUGGAUCAUUACUGUCUGUACUAUUAGUAGCAUUUGCUUAUCCAUUUCUUCGUCUCGAAACAUCAAACAGUGUGAAAAGGAUGCAAAUUUUCGUCUAACAGAUUCGGAAAGCAGGCAAUAUAAUGAAAAUAAGAAAUGGUUUAAUCUAUAUAUAAAGUUUUUUAUCAUGUUGUUUAUCACUAUGGGUAUAAAUUGGACUUUGUAUACAGUUGCAUGGUACUUAUAUACAGCGCAAUUAAGUAAAUAUAGUUCUUGCAUUAAUAUUGCUAUUGCUUUGUUAACUGUAACAGAGAAUUUCUUCAUUUUUAUCAUAUUUGUAUGGAAAAAGAAAAUCAAGUCGAUGUUAUUGAAACGAUUCGGAUUCAAGACAAAUACAUCGACUUGAAUACCACUUUUGAGGAAUCUAUGCAGGAAAAGGCAAACUUUUGCGGAAAAAGAUUUGUCACGCGAAAAACUCAUCUAAUGAAAUUGAAUUUUACUGUUGUCAGUAUGUAAAGAAAAGAGUUUUAUCACAGAUCAAAUAUCAACGAUUAAUCGCAAUUAAAUGUAAUCUUAUAAAAUUGAAAGUUACAAUGUUAUAUUUUACGUGAUGUUUAUGUUUCUUUGAAGGAUUUAAUUAAAAAUUUUACAUAGAAAAUUUGUCUUAUCGCGGUGCAUGUAAUUAUUUCAAA